UUGGCCCGUGUUCUGGAAUAAGUGGUGACUGUUGGGUUAAAAAAACGAUUUAUCCAGUUAUGAAGCAUCACUGAAAUAUUAUAUUUAUAAAUUUAAAAAACUUAUCUCAGAAAAAAAAUGAUGCGAAAUAUCGUGGUUGGCUUGCAGCGGUUGACGCUAAGUAACAAAUCUAUCACUGGAGCUCUUGGGUCUUUGCAAUGUCUUCAGAAAAAACAAAACGUUCAGGAAAGAUACAUUCACAUACCUAAGAUGAAUACACCCCAGCAUUUUCUUGAUUAUAAUAAAAAAAUGUAUCCUAUACAAGAACUAGAUGAGGAAAGGAGACCCGCUUUUGUGUGCCAUAGAAAAUGCAAUAUAAGAUAUACCCCAAAGAAAAUGUUAUACAUAGCUUGGUUUGUGAGAGGAAUGACUAUUGAUGAAGCACUAAAACAACUGAGCUUUGUAGCAAAGAAAGGAGCAGCCAUUGCAAAAGAAACUCUUUUGGAGGCUCAAAAGUUAGCAGUAGAAGAGCACAAUGUCGAAUUCAAAAGUAAUUUGUGGGUUGCUGAAUCCUUCUGUACAAAAGGUUUUGUAGUUAAGGGAAAAAGGCGACACUCUCGAGGUAAAGUUGGGGAAGUAAGGUACACUUUCUGUCAUUACUUUGUACGACUAGAAGAAGGUAAACCACCUAAAGAUUACUAUAAACUUGGUCACAAGACUUCUGAUGAAGCUUUGGAAUCUUACAAAGAGAGUUUACGACAGCGCAGAAUCCCUCAAUCUUUGUAA